AUGGGUCCUAUCAUCCAUUUAUAAGCACCGCCGUUUCGUUUCAUUGAUUUUUUUUUCUCCUGGUGUGUGUGGGAAGAGGGGGGGGGAUGGACUCUGCAGUCUUGUAUUAUUUGCUGGAUUCGACUUUUGGCAAUUGAUUAUUCAUUGGCUACUGGAUGCGGAAGCGUCUGAUGACACGAUCAAAUUUUCACGCUCGCCGCCCGUAAAUGAUCAGAACAUGGAAUUGGAAAAUACGCGUUUGUGAUGAGAGAUGACCGAGUUUAUUGAUCGUGGUAUUAUCGUAUUUCCCAAGCAAAAAGAGCUUAAGUAUUGAUCAUCAAAACAAUUUGAUACAUCUCUUAUAAUCUGAUGACGUCAACCUUUGUCCUUUUCUCGAUACUUCCUGUUCGACUGAUGGAAACUCUUUUCACGAAAUUCCAGGUCAAGGACGCUUAUGUAUAUUUAAGUAUUGACAUGAAUCGCCGCCAGGAUAGUCGAAUGAUAAUCGAAAUGAAAGAGCAACUCAGACGAUUGCAGGAACGUCGCCAGGAAUUAGAAUCUCGACAAGCGGACGAAGAAGAAGUUUUCGGCCAAUCGAUGGUUCCUCACCUCUCCAGAGUAAUGAGAGAUCGUCAAUGGGCUCAGGUUCGAUGCAUGAUCCAGCGCAAUAUGGACUCGAUCGAUCGAGAUAUUAAAGAAACUAUAGGAAGAUUGGGGACGGCUAUGUUGGAGCCUAGCGAUCCUGGACAACCUCCACGUCGCGCACAUUUUCCCGAUUUAAUACCGCAGACUAAAUCUUGGGCAAAGCCAAAAGAAGAGCCCCUUCAUUCGAGUCUUCCGCCACCAGACGAUCCAUCGCGACGCGAUUUGCUGGAAGCAGUUAAAAAGACUCUAGAAAGGCGGAAGAAACUGUCUGAUGAGGAGGAAAAAACUGAUCAAUCUCCUCGCGUCGGAUUCUAUCAAGUCCGCCAUGAAAGUGUUACCAACCAGGAAGACAAGUUGAGCCGGUUAAGCGUUCAGAAGCUUCCGUCCGUCACUAUUGCCACGCAAAAGCCAGAUCUUCCUGUAAAUCACGUCAUCAGCGUCCAGAGCCCAUCGAUCGUUCCACCUUCUGUUGAACUGCUGGCUGAUGGGCAACCUAACAAGGUCGUGGACAACCAACAGCCAACCUUGGAACCGGAUGAUGUGGCUCGCAUCUUUUCCGACCUCCUGGCCACUCAACUUGAUCUGGCUGUCGAUUCGAUUGGACAACUAACGUCUCCCAGGUCAAUGCCAAAUAAAAUCGAGCCAUGUUCGUGACAACGACGACAACGAGUUCCGGCUUACGAUCGAUAACUGCACGCAGACGAAUAUCCGCAACUUCAAGGAUUCUUCAACCGUAAUGGAACGAUGGCAUCAAACAGAUCGAGCAGUUGGUCCGGAUCUUCCAAUUUCACCGGAAUCGGAUCCAGAAGAGAUAAUACAAGUUUCUACUGAAGAAGACGAAGACAUAAAACAAGAAGAAGUUGAAGAGCCGUUGACUCCUCCGAGAGCAAGUUGCUUCAAUAUUGUUCCAGUCCCGACUCCAGCACUGGAUUUGAAUCUCUGGAGAAAACGCUUCCCUCCUACACCGCCUUCUUCCUGUCUCGAAUCCUUAAUCAGACAAGUCGAAGCUGCCGCUCACGAAACGUCGGUCAGCACGAUGGCGGGCUCGUCUUCUUCAGACGCAACUGGAAUAUCAUCCAGCUUCACUACCAACGCAUCUUCUUCUAGUGGCACCGUGAGUCGGCUGUCAGAAGGCGAAGCGCCAAACCGUGUCGCAAGUCCUGGACAAAUCAUCGUUCAAAAAACAGGCGCCGAGUCUAGAAAUAUCAUAAACCGAUCUGCUGAAGAGACGCUUAGUGAAGGGCAAAUCCCCCUGGAUAUUUUACCCAACUUUCAGUUCAUGUCGUCGUUGAUAGAUGGCAGCUCUUAUGGUGAGAUCCUUAUACCACCACAACAACAGACAUCAAGAUCCGACUCGACGGCCAGUUUCCAGUCAGCUACCGGAAGUAUUGGAGAAAUUCGACAUUCCAGCGCUACGGAUGAACUAGACUCGGAAUAACUUGUCGUACAUACACAAAGAUUUGAUUGUUUACAGUCUUUUCUCGAAGAUUCUGUCCAUUUUACAGGUUGAACAAAUACACAAAUAGUUUUUGAACUGAUAAAA